CCCCUCCCCACCCCCUUCCAGCCCAUUUCCUACAUACUUUCGUGGUGCAAGGCUUCCUACACGAUUUUCUAUCUGUUUUUCUCUUCUCCCGCCCGUUGUGUCGCCUCUCCAACUUAUGUCAGUCCUUUAAACACCUAGUGCUUAUUUUUUAUUCAUCAUGAUUUUUCGCUCUGCUCUGCUAGGGGGCGCCCUCGCCCUGCGUGCCAGCGCCCUGCUUGUUGUUCCGGAUACCCUGGAGGGCGUCGACGUCGACGUUGACGUCGUUGCCGCCGAGAUCGAAACCGUCGAAACCACCGAGUCGGGUUUGCUCACCUUCCACAAGGGCGACAUCGAGAAAGUGUUCCUCACCUGUGCCGAGUGCCCGUUCCGGGAGAUUCUGGACGAUGAGUCGACCUUCUUCACCGACAGUGAGCAGACGACUCUGGAGUUGAGCUUCACUGUCAAGGACAACUUCCUGACGGCCAACGACCGCCCCAUCUUCCCUCCCCCGCCCAUGCGCAUCGAGGCUAUCCAGCACCGUGAUUCGGAUGGCCAGCUCGGCGACCCGAUGUCUUUGGACUAUGCUCUCGAGGUCAGCCCGGUGGCCACGUCGGACGACGGGACCGGCGCCGAACUGCUCAGCCUCCGCUUCACCGUCCUCGCGGUCGAUGUGUACCCCGUGGCCCUUGACACCGUUGUCAUCACCCUGCUCACCACCCCCGAGACCGACCUGGUUAUCGCCGAGGUUGCCAUCGAAGAGACCGCUCCUAGCCUCCCCGCCCGCAAGCAGUGCCAUGGCAGCGCCAUGUGCCUGAAGGAUCUGGUCAUGGACCGGAUGCGCGAACUCUUCGCGGCCGCCAAGUCGCGCAUGCUGGGCAAGCCUCCGGGCGUCAAGGGUAUGGACUGUGCCGGUGCCGAGAAGUUUGACGGAUUCCGACCCCCCCGCCCCCACCACCACCACCACCUCGAGGGCCCUGAAGACGAGGAGAAGCCCCUCUCCGGCUUCCGUCACCACGGCGACCACCCGAUGAAGGUUUGGGACAUGGAAGAGGGUGAGCCCGACCAUCGCGAACACGAUAAGCACCCCAAGGGCAAGUCCGGCAAGUUCGGCAAGCACGGAAAGCAUGGCAAGCACCCUGAGGGCGAUGAUGAAGAAGAAGAAGAAACCGCCGAGAGAAAGCAUGGCAAGCACCACAAGGGUGAGCACGAGAAGCCUGUCGAGGAGGAGGAAGAAAUGGAUUUCGUCAUGAUUGAGGACCUUGAAGCCGGAGAAGCCCAGCCUACCGAGGGCGAGCACGAGAAGCCUGCCAAGGGUCACCACAAGCCUGCCAAGGGUGCUCACGUCAAGGGUGAGCACAAGGGUGAGCACAAGGGCGAGCACAAGGGCGAGCACAAGGGCGAACAUGGCUUCCACUUCAUGCUGGAUGAGGACAAGAAGGGUGACUUCUUCAAGGGUCACCAUGAGGGACACUUCCACGGUGAAGGUGCUGGUCACCACGCUCAUCACCAUGGCGAGGGCAUGAUGAUGCACUCCAUGCACGCUAGCGGAUGGAAACACACCUUCUCGCGCGUCGUCCGCUUCAUCGUCGUCCCCGCCAUCCUCGGCGUUCUCGCCGGCCUGGCUGCCAGCGCCCUGGGCAUGCUCGUCGGCCAGGCCAUCGUCUGCAUGUGGCUCCGCUACCGCCGUUCCAGCGCUCAGCGUUCCGCUGUCAACCUGGAGCGCGGUUCCGCCAGUGAAAAGCAGGGUCUGAUGACCGAGGUUUCUGAUGAAUGCCCCCCUCAGUACACUGAUGCUGCUCCUACCGACAAGAACUAAGUUACGAACCCGGGUUUGAUCUCUUAUCUACUCUUGAGAUUGUAUGCUCAUCUCUCUCUCGACACUCAUUCAUACCUUUUUCCUUAUUUUUUCUUUUUUUCUUCUUUCUUAUUUUCCUUUCUUCUGUCCAUUAUUUUGUCAAUAGCCUCUCAUUAACCGCCGUUUCCACUAUUCUCUCUCUCUCUCUCUCCCCCCCCUUCCCUUCCCCCUUUCCCCUGACUUCCUUGCCUCAGAUUUCUUCUUCGUUUCAGCCUUGUAGCGAGCUACAAUCCCCAAGGUCUAGUUGGCCACCUUUUUAGAGACAAAUUGAAGACCACCGUUGCCUAU